AUGAAAGCCUCUAAUACUAUCACCACUACCUUAGCGGCCACUGCUCUACUAGCAUCGUCAGCUUUGGCGCAGCUUGAUCCUAUUGUCAUCAAGGGGUCUAAAUUCUUCUACGAAAGCAAUGGAACACAAUUCUUCAUGAAGGGAGUGGCUUACCAACAGGAUAUCCAAGGAGGUGGAAAUGGCAGCACAUCCACCGACUCGAGCUACCAAGAUCCUCUUACCGAUGCCGCUGCCUGUCGACGAGACAUUCCCCUUCUUCAGGAGCUGCAAACCAACACCAUUCGUGUUUAUGCCAUCAACCCUGAACAGGACCAUACGGAAUGCAUGCAACUGCUCACCGAUGCCGGUAUCUACGUGAUCGCCGAUCUCUCUGAGCCUCGAACUUCCAUCAAUCGGGCGGAGCCGAGAUGGGAUAGCCAGUUAUACGCCAGAUACACCUCCGUUGUCGACCUGAUGUCGCAGUACACCAAUACCCUUGGGUUUUUCGCUGGUAACGAGGUGUCAAACGAAAUGUCCAACACUAAUGCCAGUGCCUUCGUAAAGGCUGCAGUCCGUGACAUGAAGAGGUAUAUCAGAGAUCAGAAUUACCGGCCGAUGGGUGUCGGGUACGCAACGAACGAUGACGCAGAAAUUCGAUCGGACAUGGAAGCUUACUUCAACUGUGGACCUGCGGAGGAGAGCAUCGAUUUCUGGGGCUACAAUAUCUAUUCCUGGUGUGGGGAUUCUAGCUACGAAGAGUCUGGUUUUGACCAGCGCACCCUCGAGUUUUCCAGCUACACCGUUCCUGUCUUUUUCGCCGAGUAUGGUUGCAAUCAAGUUCAGCCCAGACCAUUUACCGAAGUGGGUGCUCUGUAUGGUGACCAAAUGACACCCGUCUGGUCCGGUGGUAUCGUUUACAUGUAUUUCCAGGAAGCCAAUGAUUAUGGUCUGGUCUCUGUUGAUGGCAAUGAUGUCAGCAGGCUAGCAGACUUCACGGCCCUUUCCAGCCAAAUUGCUGCCGUCACACCUUCUGGUGUUAACAUGGAUCAAUACACACCAACCAACACCGUACCAUCAGCUUGCCCAACUGUUGGUAGCGCCUGGCAGGCCGCUUCUGCACUACCGCCUACUCCCGACUCCGCCCUCUGUGAUUGCAUGGCCCAGGCUGUCACUUGUACUGUCGCAGAGUCCGUCAGCGAUGAGGAGAUUGGCGAGCUUUUCGGCGUUGUUUGCGGUCUGCCUGGUAAUCCAUGUGCUGGUGUUAGCGCAUCUCCUCCAAAUGGCACAUAUGGUGCGUACGGCAUGUGCGAGGGCCGUCAGCAACUGGCGUUUGCUCUCGACACGUACGAUCGACAACAGAGAGACGCCGGCAAUCAAGACGGCUGUAACUUUAGCGGCUCAGCCACCCGUCAGUCCGCUGUGGCUACUGGGACGUGCUCUUCCAGAAUCCAGGCAGUAGGAGACGGUACCAGCGCAACGCCAACAUCUGGUUCGUCUGGUUCCAGUUCCAGUUCAACUUCUCGAGGUGCUGCUGCCGGCGGAGUGGCACAGGCGUCUUUCAAUCUUGGCUCGGUACAGGUGGGCAUUUAUGCCAUCUGCGCCAUCGUGUCAGGUGCGGGCAUGGUUUUGUUGUAA